GUGUGUGUAGUGUGUGUAGAGUUUGAUCCUCGUCUGCAAUACAAAAGGACUUUUCCCAGGUUGAGCAGAGGCACAUACACUAAUGCACUUGUGCAGGAUUCUCGUUCUUCCAGCAACUUAUCUCAGGCAUGAGGGCCUGCAUAGUACUUAUUUGCCUUGUGGCUGCAGUAUUCCCUUUAUCUGUAGAAAAUAAUCGUCAUGGAAAACAUAGGACUUCGCACAAGGCCAAGGAAAAGGACAUUGCCAUUGAGGAGGCCAACGAGGCACCAGUCUUACCCACUUUAGUGGCUGUUGAAGAGGGCAACCACGAGCAGGAAGAAGGAGAAGCGAGCGCAGACGAUGACGCUGCCGCCGAGAAAAAGAGUAGCCACUCUGAGAUGACAAAAAGUGAGGCGGUCCUCUUGAGUGAGGAGGAACUGGUGGACCUUCUCAACAAGGAAGAGGAUGAAGCAGAAAAACAAGAGAUGGAUGAAGAAGUGACCACAGGUGCAGAUGAAAAGGAAUUCAGACAAACAGAAGUGCAAGAGGAGAAAUUGGCAAUGAUGCAAGAUGAGCGGGUUAAAAAUGAGAGUGGGGAAGGUGGUGAAAUGUUAAUGAAAGAAAGCCAAGACUCUGAAGUGGAGAUGCAAAGCAAGAAAAAUGACGAAGAAUCUUUAGGAGAAGACAAUGUUGCUUCUUUGGAAGAAUCUGAAGGCAGCUCAGAGUCCAAGAUAAUAUCAAAUCUUGACUAUGCUGGUGAUAGCGCAAUUAUGCCAUCUCUAGCCAAAGUGGAAGACCACACAGAAGAAAUAACGUCUGUUUCUAAAUCUGAUAUCAAAGAGGAUAAAUAUGCUGGAGUCAUAGAUGACGAUGUAACAGAAUCUCAAGGAGCGUCAAGUGAGGUUCAAAUCCAAGACAACAAGGCAAAAGACUCAGAGACGCAGAUGGCUGGAAAGGAUGAGGAGAUAAGUAAUGUUGAGAGUAGAGAUGAUGCCAGUGGAAAAACAAGGAGACCAAAGAAGAACCAAAGAACAAGGAAGCACUCGCCACAAAGGGAGGAAAAUCAAGAUGAACACGAGCAGAGCCAAGAGACUCCUCAUGAGACUCACAAUCACAACACAGUUCAGAAGGCAAAAAGGAGAAGAGGAGGCCAAUGGGGCUCUUUAGUAGGUGUGAACCCAGUGCAGAUAAGGGCCAAGGUGGAUCUCUACCCGAGUGCCAGAUCCUCUCCUGCCCCAGAAGCCCCUCCUGAUCUAUGCGAUAAUUUCCGCUGCAAGCGUGGAAAAAUGUGCAUACUUGAUGAAGAUAAAAAGCCAAAUUGUGUCUGUCAGGAACCCUCUCAGUGUCCUUCUAGUUUGAAUGAGUUUGAUCAUGUUUGCGGUACGGACAAUAAGACAUACAACACUUCGUGUGAACUCUUCGCCACUAAAUGCAAGCUGGAAGGCACUAAGAAGGGACACAGGCUUCAUCUGGACUACACAGGACCAUGCAAAUUGAUACCUCCAUGUGAAGACACCGAGCUGGUCCAGUUCCCGUUGCGAAUGAGGGACUGGCUGAAAAAUGUGCUGCUGCAGCUUUAUGAACAUGACUACGUGUCCCCCGGCUACCUCACUUCUAAGCAACGAUUCAAAGUGAAGAAAAUCUAUGAGAACGAGCGACGUCUUCAUGCUGGUAAUCACUCGGUCGAACUAUUGGUUCAAGACUUUGAGAAGAAUUACAACAUGUACAUUUACCCAGUGCACUGGCAAUUUGCUCAACUGGACCAACACCCCUCUGACAGAAUCUUGUCCCACUCAGAACUGGCCCCGCUCCGAGUCCCUCUGGUACCUAUGGAGCAUUGCACCUCUCUCUUCUUUCAAGAGUGUGAUGCCGACAAGGACAAGCAGGUCUCCCUUACUGAGUGGACUUCCUGUUUUGGCAUCAAGAAUAAUGACAUUGAUGUCAACCUUCUCUUCUAAGUUCACUUUGUGGCUCACUAAUGGACACAAGUUGGCAGAUGCUCCAAAAUACAACUCGGUUUGAGCAUGGCACGCAUUUUAGCCCAGUAAUCGAUUAAUCAGGGGUUGGGCUGGACCUUUUAACUUUCCUCGAACUAAUAUUUCGCCUUACUCAUUUAAAAUAAUCUAUAAAAAAUAACAAAUCUAGGCUUUCAACUGUGGGGAAGACCAUUUUCUGUUCUAGCAUGACGAAGCUUUACUGCAGAAUCUUUUUUGUAAAGCAGUCCCUCACGCCAGCUUCACAAGUAUGAACAGACCAAAAUGAGCACAAAUUCCAAUAUCUGCUUUUCGCUGCAAAGAGCAGUCGCUACUUUCUUUACUUUUUAUGUAUGUAAUGACCUAGCAUCCUAUUACCUAGCAUAUGAGAAAAACAUCCUUUAUUUUCUACAUUUCAUUCUAUUCUGUUUUACAUGUAUUUUUUUAGUGGACAAUGUAUUACAUGGUAGGCUUCUUAAUUACUGUAAUUGUCAUUGAAUAGAUUCUUUUGCAGCGUCACUAAGAAUGGAAAAUUAUUUCUGUCAACUAUGCAACUUACCUUAGAAGCUGUUUAUGUUUGCAAUCAUUAAAAGCUGAAUGGAACACA